CGGGUGUCGAGACAUCAGAUAUUACUUUUCAAUGGAUGCUAUUAUUAAUGGCUUAUUAUCCGGAAUUACAGAAUAAAUUGCAAGAUGAAAUUGCUAGAGUACUUGGGGAUAGUAUGCCACACGUUAAUGACCAGUCUAGGUUACCUUAUGUACUGGCAUACAUUAGUGAGACAUUACGUUACCGGUCACCAUUAGCGUUUACUCUACCUCAUAGAGCAUUGGAUCAUGUUCAAUUUGGUAUCAGAUAUAAUAUUCCAACUGACACCAUGGUCAUUGUAAACUUAAAUAGCAUGUUAAUGGAUGAAAAUGUGUGGAGCCAACCAAAAAAAUUUAACCCGGAUAGAUUUUUAAAUGCUCAUGGUGAUUUUUGUAAAAUAAAUGCCAACGCGUUUAUGCCGUUCGGAACGGGACGUCGAAUCUGUGUGGGCGAGCAAUUGGGCAUGAACGACCUAUUUGUCACAUUGGUCAGAUUUCUGCAGUUGACCAAGGACUAUCGUAUUGAAUUAGCCAGUGAUAGAUUUACUAUUGAGCCAGAUCCUAAAGGUCUGAUAUUUCAGUUUCCAUCAGAUUUUGAAGUUGUUCUGCAC